UCCCGUCGCCUCCCCACCCACUCCAACACGGACAUUGAUUGAAGCCAUGGAUUGUUGCUAUCGCGGAAAUAAAUUUAUGACAAAUAGUCGGUAUACAUGUUAAGCCUGGGAUCACGCGCGACUUGCAGGUCGGGCUGUAGUUGGCCCGCGGCGGUGAAGUGACUGCGCGCGACCCGCUUGUGACGAAGCGUCGAGCCGCAUGAGGACACGCGGCGGGGCGACCGUGUCCUUUGAACUGGACUCGGGGCUCCGGGGGCGUUUCUGUAUUAUAUAGACAAAUUUCAGCACCAUGUUGGCUCUUCUGGCGAGGACAAUGGUGAGACAGGGUGCGAUGAGUCCCUGCAGCUUGGUCCGUCCUGUGUCGGCCACUAUGAUCCCGGGCCGGUACCUGGCCCACCAGGAGGGUCUGCCCAAGCUACCGGUGCCGCCCCUUCGGCAGACGUGUGAGCGGUACUUGGCCGUGCUGGAGCCCCUUGUCAGUGAGCAGGAACUGGAGCACACGCGGAAACUCAUGGCUGAGUUCCUGACCCCAGGUGGAGCUGGUGAGAGGCUCCAGAAGGGCCUGGAGCGCCGGGCACACAAAAUGGAGAACUGGCUGUCAGACUGGUGGCUGCAAACUGCCUACCUGGACUUUCGAAUGCCUGUGGUUGUACACUCGAGUCCCGGUGUGGUCCUCCCUCGCCUGGAGUUCAGCGACCGGCAAGGACAAAUAAGGUUUGCUGCUAAACUGAUUGCUGGGGUUCUGGACUUCAAGACCAUGAUUGACAACGAGACCCUCCCUGUGGAGUACCUCGGAGGGAAUUCGCUGUGUAUGAACCAGUACUACCAGGUGCUGUGCUCCUGCCGUGUCCCGGGGCCGCGGAGGGACUCAGUGGUGAACCAUGCCCGUGCCAAGAGGCCUCCCACGUUCAUCACUGUCGUGCACAACUACCAGUUCUUUGUGCUGGAGGUUUAUAGUAGCGACGGCUCGCUGCUCACCGUGGACCAGAUUUACAUGCAGCUGGAGAAGAUCUGGAACUCAUCGCUGCAGACCAAUAAGGAACCCAUUGGCAUCCUGACCUCCCAGCACCGCAACACCUGGGCUAAGGCCUACGCCAACCUCAUUAAAGACAAGACCAACAAGGAGUCAGUGCAGGCCAUCCAGAAGAGCAUUUUUACCGUGUGCCUGGACGCCCCCGUGCCACGUGUGUCGGAUGAGAUGUACCGCAGCCGUGCGGCUUUGCAGAUGCUCCAUGGCGGUGGGAGUCGCUGGAACAGUGGAAAUCGUUGGUUUGAUAAGACCCUGCAGUUCAUCAUCGGAGAGGAUGGGACAUGCGGUCUGAGCUACGAACACGCCCCCGCUGAAGGCCCGCCCAUUGUAUCGAUGGUGGACCAUGUGGUUGAGUACACGAAGAAGACUGAGAUGGUGCGUACACCCCUGGUACCGCUUCCAAUGCCCCAGAAACUGCGCUUCAACAUCACCCCUGAGAUCAAGAAGGAUAUCGAGAAGGCCAAGCAGAACAUGAACAUAAUGGUUCAUGAUCUUGAUGUGAGGGUUAUCGUGUUCUCCCAUUUCGGGAAGAAUGUCCCUAAGUCCCACAAGAUGAGCCCGGAUGCUUUCAUACAGGUGGCCCUGCAGCUUGCAUACUUCAGGAUGUACCAGCGCUGCUGCUCUACCUACGAGAGUGCUUCCCUCAGGAUGUUCCGACUGGGCCGCACCGACACCAUCCGCUCCGCCUCCAUUGACUCGCUGAACUUCUCGCGGACCAUGGACGACCCCUCCAAGCCUGUGGCAGAAAAGGUGGCAUUGCUGGAAAAAGCGGUGAAAGCUCACAGAGCCUACACCGACAUGGCAAUCCGAGGCGAAGCCAUCGACAGGCACCUCCUGGGGCUGAGGCUUCAGGCCAUUGAGGACCUGGUCUCCAUGCCGAAAGUCUUCAUGGACACUUCCUAUGCUGUGGCCAUGCACUACAAUCUCUCUACUAGUCAGGUCCCGGCCAAGACAGACUGUGUAAUGUGCUUUGGCCCUGUUGUGCCGGAUGGGUAUGGCGUGUGCUACAACCCCAUGGAGGAGCACAUCAACUUUGCCGUGUCAGCCUUCAACAGCUGCUCGGAGACCAAUGCUGCCCGGCUGGCCCAGGGCCUGGAGGAUGCACUGCUUGACAUGAGAGACCUGGUGGAGCAGAUGCCCAGGGCCAAGCUGUGAGAAUCACGGGGACCAUUAGUGGCUGCUCUAGAACCCGAGGCCUGGACAGACAAGGAACGGGGUGGCAAUGAGAACUGAACUGGUACCUCUAGGAACCAUGGAUGUGAAGCACAAGGGAGACACCAUGAACUGAAAUGAAGACAGUCAUAAAGACAUCAUGUGUGACCUCAGCUCAGCAGCUACAUUUCACAUGGAAACUUUAUGAAUAAAGGUCCGCUACAGGGUUUAUUUAUUUGGUUGUUUUCUCUCAAUACACACAUUUUCAGAACCGCUUGUCCCAUACAGGG